AUGGCGCCUUUUUCUUCUGGGCACCCGACGAUGUCAGACCACUGGUCACAGAAACGGAACACUUCCCAGGCAGUGAAGGGCUACGAUCCUGCAUUCGGCUAUGAGAUGGCUGCCAUUAUCGAGAAUGGAGUGAAAGAGAUGUGGGGGGAGGACGGUGACAAAGAUGUCAUCUAUUAUGUCACGGCAUAUAAUGAGAACAUGCCCAUGCCCGAGAAGCCCGAGGGAGUGGAUGAAGGCAUCGUCAAGGGCUUGUACAAGUUUUCAGAUGCCAAGCCCGCCCAACACAAGGUCCGGCUGAUUGGGUCCGGGGCAAUCAUGAAGCAGGCCUUGGAUGCUGUAGAACUCCUUGCUGAGUAUGGUGUUGGUGCAGAAAUCUGGAGUGCCACCAGCUAUAGUGAGCUUCAGCGCGAUGCUGUUGCAAGCGAGCGGGCAGAUCGUCUUGGUGCUCAGGCAUAG